AUGUUAAACUUCGUCAUUCUUUUGAUUGUUAUUGCUUGUAUAAAUUCAAUAACAAGUGAAUGUCCAUGUCCGGAUAUUUCUCUAUGUCAAUCACUUCAAGUUGGAUCUCGUCAUGAGAAAAUAGCUUUUAUGGUAUCAAAUUCUAAUUGGCGUUCAUAUGAUUAUUCACAAUUAACAACAAUCAUCAUAUGUACAGAUGAUUUUGAUCCUCAACUUCUUUGUUUAGCACAUUCACGACAGGUUCGUCUUGUAUGGCUUGCUAAUUAUGAUGUAAAACAAUUAGAUAAUGUAACAGCUCGAACUGAAUGGAUUAAUAUGUACGUGAAUAAAGUAAAGAAGACUUUUACGGAUGGUCUUAAUCUUGAUAUGGAAGAUGAAAUUGCUGAUCGUAGUGAGGCAGCAUAUCAAUAUACGCAACUUGUUCAAGAAGUUUCUAAUCUUAUACAUGUACAAGUACCCGGAUCAAAAGUCAGUGUUGAUAUUGCUUGGAGUGCACCUUGUAUUGAUGGUCGUUGUUAUGAUUACACGGGUUUAGCAAGUGCUAGUGACUUUCUUUUUGUCAUGGCGUAUGAUUUACGAUCACAAAUAUAUGAUUUAAAUGAUUGUAUAGCUUCAGCAAAUUCACCUAUUGCUCGAGUUGCAGCUGGUUUGAGUAAUUUUACACAAAUUUUUGAAAUUUCACCGUCAAAACUUGUCCUUGGUGUACCUUGGUAUUGUUAUGAUUAUAAAUGUUUAUCACUUGAUACUAAUAUGACUUGUGCAAUUGAACACGUUCCUUUUCGGGGUGCACCAUGUUCAGAUGCAGCUGGAGUUCAGCAUGAUUAUCAAUAUUGUCGACAAUUAUUACGUGUGAAUUCUACAACUGGUCGUCUAAUUGAUAAUCGAACAGGUGGAGUCUUUUUUAAUUAUAUUAAUCAACAAGAUGGAUAUAUACAUCAAGUUUGGAUGGAUGAUCCUGAAACACUUUUAAUUAAAUAUGAUCUUGCAAAUGAUCGACAUUUAUUUGGUAUUGGUAUGUGGGAGGUUGAUUGUCUUGAUUAUUCUGCAAAUGCAACGAAAGAAGCACAACAAGAUACAAAAGAUAUGUGGAACGCUAUGAAAAAAUUUCAUAUCGUAGAUUAA